AUGGACUAAAAUAUUUUGCAAGACUAUCUUAAGAAACUUAAAAAUAACAUAUCUCUUUUUAAAUAAAAGUAAUUAGUUAAAUUUAAAGAUUAAAGAAAUAAUUAGAAUUUAGAAAAAAGAAAGAUUCCAUAAGAAAAUAGAUAUCAGAUUUUAUUUUAAUUAAUCAAAUUUACAGGAAAAUGGUUGAAGGAUGAAGAAACUUUGGAACAUAACAAGGAUAUCCACAAUAUAAUUAAUAAGCCUAAUGAAGCAGAUAAUAGCAGCACCAACAAUGUUUAAACCAAUUCUCAAACUAACACAACCUCUUCAUCGACUUUAAAUCAAGUUCCUAAUAACUUGAAUGCCGGUUAAGGUUAAAUUCUUUUGCCUCCUUGUGAGGUUUAGAAUACUUGGUGGUCGGGUGCUGGACAAAGAAAAUUUAAGAAUAAAUAAACAAAUAAAUGA